UGGUAGUUGGUAAUAGUGAGUUAUUGAUUUAGAAGAGAACGCUGCCGCCGACAAAUCCGACGUACAAGCUAUAUCCGCUGACAUAGUCGACUCUGUGAUCUUGACUGAUGGUUGCUCUGCUGACUCCAUGGCCGAUGAUGAAAUUUUUGAACUUUAUACGCGUUCGCAAGAUUGCUCUGUCGUGUCACGUAGCGAGCGCUGCUGUCUCCAAAAUGACGACGGUGUUCCGUCUGCUGCUGCCGGCAGUGGCUCGUUUGUUCAGGUGCGCCUGAUGGAGGAACUGAAGUUGGCUCUGAGGGCAAAAUCAGACGAAAUGCAUUCCAGGGAAGAAAAGGCUCUCCUUCGUUUGAAGUUGCGGUCCGGCGAUAAGAGGAUUAAGGAAGACGAGGGUCUCGUGCAGCAUCAGUCACCGAAGGGGGAAUCUAUUCGCUCUCCUUUGGCGGAAUCCACUACUAAAGAAUCUGACGGUGUCACCGAUGCAUAUCCAGAAACUGGUUUACCCCGCUCCAUCGUUUACCGCAAGGAAAUGGAAGUUGAUGGCAACGACGGGGAGGACCGAAGUCACGCAUCUUCGUUUCGAGGGCUGCUUGUCGCUGAGCUGAAUGCCCGCUUUGAAAGGGACGAAAAUUAUGGUGACAGCGUCGGCGACGUCGGUGUCUGUGAUACGUCGCCACUUUUGGAGGCGUUGGCUGCUUCUCCCAUCAUUCCCAAGUUUCUUUCUAGCUUUGAACUGUUCGUCUGCCCACUCUACGGUACGCACAUCGCAACCAUGCGCAAUGCCGUGGCCUUCGUGUUUGACAGACUUUGGCUGCGGACAGCUGCAUGUUGA